UUGUGUCUGGAAGUGCAAGGGGAGAUUAUCAUGCCUGUCAACUUGACGGUGACCUCCUCUUUGCAGUCGCCUACCACAUUCAUGCCUGCCAGCUUGACGGUGAUGUGGUAGAGGUACGUGCAGAACGACCUCAUGCCUGUCAACCUGACGGUGAACGUUCUGCAAGUAAAG